AUGAAAGAAGUGUUGGAGAUACCUGAGACGAGCAAAGUUCAGCGCUCGCUUUCGUUCAACGGGGAGACCGAGAAGAAGGAUGACGUCUGUGUCGAGGAAAAGGAUGGUGAAGGGACGAAGGAUGACGUGGUUGUCGAGGAAAAGGAUGGUGAAGGGACGAAGGAUCAAUUGGAAGAGGAUGUUGAUGAUCUCAUUGAUUGCUUUGCUCAAAUCAUGAAUUUUCGAGAGAAGAAGCGCAACGGCAUUGGAAGUAAGAGAACUUGGUUUAUGCCCACCAGAAUUUCGAGCAAGUUACUUGGAAGAUCGAUGAUCGUGGAGAGGAUGGCGAAGCAGCAAGAGUGGUCCACUCUUUAUUACGAUGCAGAUUUGAGUUUAUGUCACACUAUGGUGGUACCCCUACUGGAUACCGAGAGUGCUCCGCACUGGUUUGCGGCGAAUGUGAGCAUGGUUAAUACAACAGUGGAAAUUAGGGACUCGUUGUCUUCUGCAAUGCAUAAGAGGUCACGUCGGAGCACCUGCGUAGAGAUGCUCCAGACUUUGGACCAAUUGUUUGCCCCUGUGAAGCCAGGAGACCCGAAUUUCGCCGAGUUUGUAAUUAUUUCUUCAAGCAAGGACUACCCACAACAACAAAAUGGCCACGAUUGUGGAAUGUUUGUAAUGAAGUACAUGGAAUCACUGUUCGAGGAAAAUGAAAUAUUGGAAGAGUUUGAUCCUAUUGAAGCCAGACUGGAUUGUGUUGGGAAAAUUGUCACCCACGAGAGUAACAAGGCUAAACAUGCUGUGAUGGAGGGAGUUAAGAAGCAAUUUGGAUUGAGCAAAACCAAAGUUCUUCCAUCAACAUCUACAACUAUAGCAUUACGUAGUCCAUCAAGGUCUCCUCGAGACCCCCGAUUCAGCACAGCGAAGGCCAGGUCCGAAAACAUGUGGACUGGCAAGAGCAAGUCCCCGAAAACACGUCAUUCUAAAAGGCUGGCCAUAAGUAACAAGUAGUAUAUUACAAUGGUUAGAAAAGUUACUUUAUUUAUAUAUUUACUAUGUUCAGUACAAUGGUUACAAAAGUUAGGUUUUAGGUCGUAAAUUAUAUUUACUCAGUCAUGUUAUAUACUUGCAUCAUACUACUGUUAGGUGAUUUGGAAUUGCACUAAUGUUGGUGAUUUUAUAAUUUACUAUAGGGUGAGACUUGUGGUAGUUUUUAGAAUUUGGUGGAACUGAUUAUUAUUAUUGUAUGGUCAUUAUUACUAUUAUUGUGAAUAUUAUUUAGGUUGUUAUACUUUGCCAUUACUAUUAGGUUUUGGAUUUUUUUUUACCAUAACAAUAUGUCAAGUACAUUAUUCUGAAAAUGAAACUAACCAAUUUUACAUUCCUUUUCGCACUAUCUGUUUUAGUCCAAUGAUGUCCAUAGCCAAAAUAAUAAUAAUACUUAUACUUAUGUACUUUCCCAUUACUAUUGUGAAUAUUAUUACUGUUGUUAUAUUUUGCCAGUACUAUUAGGUUUUGGAUAGUGAAGUACAUUAUUUUCAAAAUGAAAUUGUUUACUCCAAUUAUGUCCAAAAUAAUAAAAAUACCUACAAUCAACAACGAAGGCAUUAAUUCUGGCCUUGGACAUAAAUU